AAUAGGUUUUCUUACUGGUCUCGCUAAUGGUUUAUCUUAUUUACAUAAUUAUCAAAUUGUACAUGGUCGAUUGAAUUCAUCGAAUUGUGUAAUCAGUGAUAAAUGGACAUGUAAAAUCACUGAUUACGGUUUGGAUAGUUUAUUUUGGUCAAAUAAUUUUCAAAAGUAUAAAACAUUUUUAGACAAACCAGAAAAUUUACCAUAUAUUCCACCGGAAUAUAGAG